AUGCGUGGAUUGGCCGUGCUGCUGGCCGUGUUCUCGACGUCGAGCGCCCUCUACUUUCACAUUGCCGAGACCGAGCGGAAAUGCUUCAUCGAGGAGAUCCCCGAUGAGACGAUGGUGACGGGCAACUACAAGGUGCAGCUGUACGACCCGAACACGAAGGGAUACGGCGACUACCCCAAUAUCGGAAUGCACGUCGAGGUCAAGGAUCCCGAGGAGAAGGUGAUCCUCUCAAAGCUCUACACAUCCGAGGGAAAAUUCACGUUCACAUCGCACACACCCGGAGAGCACGUCAUCUGCCUCUACUCCAAUUCCACGGCUUGGUUUAGCGGCGCCCAGCUCCGCGUCCAUCUGGACAUCCAGGCCGGCGAACACGCCCAAGACUACCAGCAGAUCGCGGCCAAGGACAAGCUGAACGAGCUGCAACUCCGCAUCCGGCAACUCCUCGACCAGGUCGACCAGAUCACCAAGGAGCAGAACUACCAGCGCUACCGCGAAGAGCGCUUCCGCGCCACCUCCGAGUCGACCAACCAGCGCGUGCUGUGGUGGUCGAUCGGGCAAACGCUGGUGCUGCUGCUGACCGGGGCGUGGCAGAUGCGCCAUCUCAAGGGAUUCUUCGAGGCCAAGAAGCUCGUC